UAGAACUGAUGAAGCUUUUCUGUGUUGUUUCCUUUCAUUCUAUUCUCCAUGCAACAGUUUUUCUUUUACCUCAGGGAUUUUGUCCUGCUGCCUACCUCAUGUUUUCUGCCAGGACAACCAGUUCAGUGACAGGAGCACGACGUGCAAACCUUCUGUGAAUCCCUUUACUGCCCCCUAAGCUCUCACUCCAUCCACAAUAACCAACAAGGACUUUGGACCUUGUACACCCUGCCAACAUUGGCUUCUUCACCGCCUACGUUGCACUGACCUACACCUGUACCUUGGACCUAUGGCUAGUUGCUAAUAGGAAGAAUGUGUUGUAUAAAAAGAAUCAGAGCUGCAUAAGCUAACCUCAUCUUUUUUGAUAAUAACCUUGCAGACAACAAUAUACCUCAGCAGACAUAACUCCCAGACAAUAAGUCUGGGACAAAUAAAAGGAAUGUUUUAAGCAACAGCAGUCAGCAGCCUGGAGCUACCAUCUACUGAGCAGAAAACUGAAUUCACCUUCUGUCUGCCUUAGACACAGCAGUUCAGCAACAAUAGCCAGGAAAGCCUCCGGAGUGACAGGGAGAGAGACUCCACACUGUCUGACAGCCGUCUUGAAUGUAAUUCAGGCAUAAAUCAGCCAUUACGGAAGAGGCCUGCAGAGAUCACAGAAGAUCAACAGAACCUCCAGUGUAUUGAGCUUCUGUUCACCUUGUGAAGCCUCCAGAGAUGUAAAAUUACCCACAGUGCAGUAGAAGUUCUUCUCAUCAGUUUUCCAUGAAUAUCUUUGUGGUUGAUGUAAUGUGUAAGAGCUACAAACAUUCCAGAGUAAGAAAAAUUGACACAGAAAAGCCACACAACAAUGAGGAGAAAAGAGGAAAAAGCCUAAAGUCUACACAGUGAUUCAUCGAUAGCAGUCAACUGAACGGGCUGCUGGCGAAUGCUAGGCAGGCUGGCAAAGUCGGGGCCCUCACUGUCCUGUGAUUGGCUGCUGGAUAGGACUGAGGCUGAAUGGAGUCAGUAUCCUACAAGCAGGACAGCAACUUAUCAGAGGGAGAUGAGAAGGGUUGGCCAGAUGUGCCGAAGAGAAAGAGGAAGAACAGUCACUGUCCGGUGAAGAGUAUGUCUGCUCUUAGCGCCUCUGUUCCAGGCUACAUCCCCAGCUACCUGGAGAAGGACGAGCCAUGUGUGGUGUGUGGCGACAAGGCGACUGGCUACCACUACCGCUGCAUCACGUGCGAGGGUUGCAAGGGUUUUUUCCGCCGGACCAUCCAAAAGAAUCUUCAUCCAUCUUAUUCCUGUAAAUAUGAGGGCUGCUGCAUUAUUGACAAGAUCACCCGUAACCAGUGCCAGCUGUGCCGCUUUAAGAAGUGUGUCUCUGCGGGCAUGGCCACGGACUUGGUGUUGGAUGACACAAAGCGUGUGGCCAAGCGCCGUCUGAUUGAGGAAAAUCGAGAGAGAAGGAAGAAAGAGGAGUUGAUGAAGACGCUUCAGAUGAGGCCAGAGCCCGAUAGUGCAGAGUGGGAGCUGAUCAGACUGGCAACCGAGGCCCACCGGCACACCAACGCCCAGGGCUCCAGCUGGAAACAGAAGCGCAAGUUUCUGCCAGAUGACAUCGGCCAGGGUCCACAGGUUCCCACUUCUGACCGAGAUAAGAUAGACCUGGAGGCCUUCAGUGAGUUCACCAAGAUCAUGACCCCUGCCAUCACACGAGUCGUUGACUUUGCCAAGAAACUGCCCAUGUUCUCAGAGCUGCCUUGUGAAGACCAGAUCAUCUUGCUGAAGGGAUGCUGCAUGGAGAUCAUGUCACUGCGAGCUGCUGUGCGCUAUGAUCCAGACAGUGAGACGCUUACACUAAAUGGGGAGAUGGCUGUGAAACGAGAGCAGCUGAAGAACGGCGGGUUGGGAGUGGUGUCGGAUGCCAUCUUUGAUUUGGGCAAAAGUCUCUCUCAGUUCAAUUUGGAUGACUCAGAGGUGGCACUGAUGCAGGCUGUGCUGCUCAUGAGCUCAGACCGUUCGGGGUUGACCAGUGUGGAGAAAAUUGAGCAGUGCCAAGAGGCCUACCUGCUGGCGUUUGAACACUACAUCAACUAUCGCAAGCACAACAUUCCCCACUUCUGGCCAAAGCUGCUCAUGAAGGUGACCGACCUGCGUAUGAUUGGGGCGUGCCAUGCUAGCCGCUUCCUGCACAUGAAGGUGGAGUGUCCCAAUGAACUGUUUCCCCCACUCUUCCUGGAGGUCUUCGAAGACCAGGCAGUGUAAUGGAAACACAAUCAAACCCAAACGCAGAGGUGACCAGUAAAAGA